AUGGAAACGCAUUCCAAUUUCACCUUCGUCGAAACCGGUAUCCCGCAUUCGAGGCGUGGCACGUCCAGAGGCUCUGCUGCUCGAAGUCUUAUUCGCAGCCAUGCCAUGCAGCAAGUCUGGGAACAGCGCCGCCUGCAACGCGCUCAAAGUCAGAGAGACAGCAACUUCGAGAUUGUCUUCGAGAAUGAGCAGAUGAAGGGUGCAAAAAAGUCCAAAACCCGUCCGUCACAACAGUCAUGCGGUAUUCAGCCAGCAAGCAAAUCUACCAAGAGCGCAAAGAAGGUCAAUAAGCAAACCCUGCCUCCCUCGAAUAUAUCCGAAGCUGCAAAGAGUUCCAUAGCAGGAAGCUGUAAAGAAAACGGCAGACGUGGAAGAUCCAUGAAUAUCAAGGAUGGGGCUUUGCAAACAUUAGGAGACGGCUCCUCUGGUGCUGAACAAGUCACGCAACAAGCACAUGCUGGGAGCGGAAAUUCGCCAUCACCAUGGAAUCUUUCUCCACCUUCCGCUAUAGGAAUGUGUCUGAUGGACCCUUUCAAUACUUGUGCGGUCUCGCUAGGGACCAAAGAAAGCCGCUACAUGACGCAUUACUUCCAGGCCCUUUCGUGGCGGUUCACAUUACCCAAGCAGACUUGGCUACGAUAUGCUAUACAUGAUCCCGGUCUCUUACAUGGGGUACUAGCCAUUGCUGCAGCUCACUACUCCUUUACAUCUACUCACGGACUUUCCGAUGACGCAUUGUUCCAUCACUGGAAGACCAUCAACCACGUUCAGAAAUGCCUGGAUGAUCCCGCCUUGCGAUUUUCAGACGGUGUAAUUGGUUCGAUUGGUCGCAUGGUGAUAUGUCAUCUCAUCUUCGGCGAUCGACUACAAUUCAUUACCCAUCUGACCGCCCUUCAGAGGAGUGCUGAAGCCAGGGGUGGGCUUGAAAGUCUUGGCAUGGUUGGACAACUUAAGUAUAUCAUCUCCAGCUGUGUGGCAGGUGCCGCGACAAUAUGGUGGGAAGAUGUCCCUCCACAGCUGAAAUAUCCCUACGGGUUCCUUGCCUACCCUGCUGUGGACGACGUGCCUGACGUAGAACCCUAUGAUCCUGAAUGGGGUUCGGCUUUUCGUGAACUCAAUCAUACUGGCUUCCUGUCGGACACGCUGCUCGACAUCUGUGAGGCUAUUGUUGCACUCAACUCAGUCAUCAGCUCUCGAAGAAGCUGGAAUGAGGCGCAGCAGCGCAUAUUUGGCGACCAGUGCAACAAAAUGUCCCUCAGGCUCGUCUAUAUGAAAGAGAACGAGUCUACCAGCCGGUAUCAGAUGACUACGCAGGAUCACAUGCGAGAGUGUGUCCGUUUGGCGGUUCAUUUCUAUGUUUCUGCAUUUCAGCGUGACGUUCCACUCCUGUCCAACCUCUCAAUCCAGACAUUACACCGGCUCGAGGAGUCUCUCUAUCUCACAGAUCUCGAGAACUCCUGGGGCGGCGGUCAGCUUGGAGAAGUGCUGUUGUGGGUUAUGAUCAUUACUGCUUCUGGUUGCGUCCGGCGGCAAGAGAGGGAGUGUGCAGGGGCACAACUCCGGAAGACUGCACUGCAGCUUGGAGUGACGGAGUGGCUCGAACUCAAGAGAAUCUGCAGGAGGUUCCUAUUUCUUGAUAGUGCGGUGGAACGGAAGACUUGGCCGUUAUGGAAGGAUUACGGACCUCGCUCGGAAGAUGAUACGUCGCCCACACUGUCCCAAGCCAGCAUAUUGCCGAAUGAUGAACAAGCUAUAAUCGUUCCCUAA